GCCCAUGAACAGCGGGGCCGCGGGGACGCUGGCCGUGGGGAGAGUGCAAGUCUUCAGCCGGCACCGCGGGGAGGUCAACUCCUCCGCCUUCUCUCCCAACGGCCAGACGCUGCUCACCGCCUCGGAGGAUGGCUGCGUGUAUGGCUGGGAGACCCAGAGCGGGCGGCUGCUGUGGAGGCUGGGUGGCCACGCAGGCCCCGUGAAGUUCUGCCGCUUCUCUCCUGAUGGCCGCCUCUUUGCCAGCACCUCCUGUGACUGCACCAUCCGCCUGUGGGACGUGGCAGAAGCCAAGUGUCUGCAGGUCCUGAAGGGUCACCAGCGGAGUGUGGAGACGGUAAGCUUCAGCCCUGACUCAAAGCAGCUGGCAUCAGGUGGCUGGGACAAGCGGGUGAUGCUCUGGGAGGUACAGUCUGGCCAGGUGCUGCGCUGCUUAGCAGGGCACCGAGACUCCGUCCAGAGCAGUGACUUCGCACCCAGCUCAGACUGCCUGGCCACUGGCUCCUGGGACUCCACCAUACGCAUCUGGGACCUGCGGGCGGGGCCCCCAGCGAUCUUCCACCAGGAGCUGGAGGGCCACAGUGGCAACAUCAGCUGCCUGUGCUUCUCGGUGUCAGGCCUCCUGGCAUCUGGCUCCUGGGACAAGACCAUCCACAUCUGGAAGCCCUCGACCAGAAGCCUGCUCGUCCAGCUCAAGGGCCACGUCACCUGGGUGAAGAGCUUAGCUUUCUCCCCGGAUGCACUGCAGCUGGCCAGUGCUGGCUACUCCCGCAUGGUCAAAGUCUGGGACUGCAACACGGGAAAGUGCAUUGAGACCCUGAAGAUGUGCUUCUGGCAGGGCGUCUUGGAUGUGGCCCACUCCUGUGCCUUCACUGCAGAUGGGAAACUCUUAGUGUCUGGAGCUGUGGAUCAGGCAAGACGCCAAGUCCACUGCACAGUCAAAUCACGCAGACUCUCUCGAAGAUAACGUUACUUCGAAUGGCUCUCAGACCUCAUGCCCCUGCCUCUCCCUGCCCAGGGCGCAUGGGACCUGCUGGAAUGAACCUGUGAAAGGACAAUCAGGGCAGUUCUACACCACAGGCCCAAAGUAACAAAACAGAGCACCUGACAGGUCCCUGUGGCCACGACCAUCAUGGCGCCACCAGGGCAGCCAACAGCUGCAGGCAGGCCUGCUGAAAUCCACCAGACACCCAGUAACCAUAACCG